AUGUUAACAUCCAAAGAUUUUAGAGAUCAAGCAAUCAAUUUAAUUAAAAAAUGGAAUAAUAUAAUUGAUGAAAUUCCAUGGCAAUGGAAUCAAAUUAAUGAAUUAAAUAAUGAAUCAAAAGGAUAUUUCACAACAAAAAGAUAUCAUAAAAUAAAUAAUAAUAAUAAUAAUAAUAACAAUAAUAAUAUUGAAAAUAAAAAUAAUAAUAAUAUUGAAAAUUUUGAAGAGAUUAAAGAAACAAUUGAUGAUUCAUCAACAACAAUAAUAAAAAGCAAUAAUAAUAAUAAUGAAAAUAAUAUAAUAAUUUUCCAAUUUGAUAUAAUUUACAGUAAAUCAUAUCAAGUACCUGUAUUAUAUUUAAAUGGAUUUUCAAGUUUUGAUUCAUCACCAUUAUCUUGGAAUGAAAUUUGGAAUAAUUUACCAUUAUCAAAUUUAGAUAAAAAUCAACAAUCAACAAUUCCUUAUAUUACUCAAGUUGAACAUCCUAUAUUAGGUAAUCCAUGUUAUCAAUUACAUCCUUGUGAAACUGAUAAUUUAAUGAAAUUAAUAUUAUUAAAAGAAAAAGAUUAUAAUGAUAACAAUGAUAAAAAAGAAUAUUUUAAAGAUUAUUAUUUAUUAAGUUGGUUAUCAAUUAUUGGGCCAAUGGUUAAUAUUAAAAUACCAUUUGAUUUAUUAAAAAAUAAUAAUAUAUAG